AUGGAUAUGGCGGAUCGCCGCUCGGACGAGCCUGCUCGGUCGACGGCUCCUUCUGGCCCCUCACUUAUGACGACUGGAGAUGCUGCGGAGUCCUUUGUGCGGCUGCAAGUAGCAAAUACGGGCGAGUACAUCAAGGUGAGAAGCGAGGCAUCGAACCAGGGCUUGUACUGGUUCACGCACGCCGCCGUUCCUGAGAGGUUACUGAAGAAAGUCGUCAAGGGCUUCCCCAAGGCGGCUGAACCAGAACUUCUGAGAGACGAUCUGGUGGAGCGUGCCUUCAGCGUGCGCAACGUGAAGCGAGCCAAGUCCCACGUCACGCACAAGGAGUCGCCUUCUCUGCUGGUGAUCGCCACCGACACACCAGAGAACAGGCGGCUCUACCAGCAGGAACGUGUGGCCAACACAACCGGCACCGUGGAAAACCUGAGGCAGAAGAGGGGCUUGGUACAGUGCUUCCGCUGCCAGGGGAUGGGCCACGUGGCUCGCCACUGCUCUUUCCCCGAGGCGUGCGUUAAGAGUGGCAACACACCAGCCGCCACCUGCAACUCAGAUGCACCUAGUCAGGGCCCUGCGCACGCAAUGCAAGAAGGAGAGCUCGCUGCAGCUGUCUCCGCAGUCUCUGCUGUGAUCGACAUGGCCACGCACCUCGCCGACUCGCUGCAGAGAGCUGCCGAGGCACUGCUGUCCGCCACACCGGCGGCCGCCCAUUAG